AUGGACCUCCAUGCUAAAUCGGAGCGCUCGCUGGCGGCCACGCUGUCCCCCCUGGGGGCUGUGUACUCCCAGAACGUGCGCCUGUACGCCGACCUGUACGCUGACCUGCGGCGCUACUACCGAGGCUCCGCCCUCAACCUGGACGAGACCAUCUCUGAGUUCUGGUUCCGGCUCCUCGAGGCGGCGUUCAAGAACGCAGCCGCUGCCAAGACGAGCCUAUCAGAGGAGUACCUGGAGUGCGUUGCCAAGCAGCGGGAGGUUCUGCGGCCGUUCGGCGAGGCGCCGCGCGACAUGAAGGCCAAGGUGACGCGGGCGUUCGUCACGGCGCGCUCCUUCGCCCAGGGGCUGUCCGUCGCCGGAGAGGUGGUCAAGAAGGUGUCCCAGGUGUCCCUGAGCCCUGAGUGCGAGAGGGCCCUGAUGAAGCUGGUCUACUGCCCUCACUGCCGCGGUCUGGCCUCCGUCAAGCCCUGCCCCAACUACUGCUCCAACGUCAUGAAGGGCUGCCUGGCCAAUCAGGCCGACCUGGACGCGGAGUGGCAGAACCUCAUUGACACUUUGCUCCAGGUGGCUUCCAGCUUCAGCACAGAGCCCAGUGUGGACGUGGUCCUUUCCUCCAUCCCUGCACGCAUCUUCGAGGCAGUGGGCUACCUUCAGGACAGCAUGGACACUUUCACUGCCAAGGUGUACCAGAUGUGUGGAGCCCUGGAUGAGUCCGGGACCGGGAGCCCCCCCUCUCAGGAGCAGCAGAGGAAGAAAGGGGCUUCUCUCACAGCCUCUCCGACGGCCGGCCUCAGGCUGGAGAUGCAGGUGUCGGACCUGUCCAGUAAGCUGAGAGAGAUGCAGCAGUACUGGGUACAGCUGCCGGCCGCGCUCUGCAGCAAGCUGGCCUCUUCCAGCAGCUCCAGCCAGGACAAGUGCUGGAACGGCAUGGCCAAGGCCAGGUACCUUCCAGAAGUGAUGGGUGACGGACUGGCCAAUCAGAUCAACAACCCAGAGGUAGACCUUGACAUCACCAAGCCAGACAUGACUAUCCGACAGCAGAUCAUGCAGCUCAAAAUGAUGAGCAACAGGCUGAAGAACGCACUGGAUGGCAACGAUGUGGACUUCCAGGAUGCGAGUGAUGACAUCAGCGGCUCCGGCAGUGGGAUGUGCCAGACGGGGCACUGUGCCAGGAGCCGACCGGGCGGCUACCCGCCUGAUAACAACCGGGUGCGAGCCGGCACUGAACCCCAGAGCCGCCUCUACAGAAUCCUAAUCCUCUUCCCAUUGGCUGUGCUGCUGCUCCUGCGAUGAUGGACAGAUGUUGCCUCCUUUAAGACUGAGUUCCAGGACUACGGUGGAACCACGGGAAGGACCUUUUGGAAAUGGACCAAGAAUUAUGCAGACCUUUGCCCCUUCCAGAAAAAAAAGGGAUGAACUAAUUUCUGUUCUUAUCGUAGAACAUGACAAAACCCCUUUUCUUUGUCAUUGUAUGUGUCUGUGUUUGGUGAGAUUCAGUAACGUUGAGCUGGUCUUUUGCUUCUGCUGUCUCUUAACAUUGUUUAAAAAAGGAUUGAGAUGAAAGAGAAGAACAGUAGGAAUAAAACUAAGGUUUGUAAAGUGAUCACAGACUAUAGUAAUGAUGUGAAGAGUAUCAUGUGUGAUGGUUGGAUUUACCUUGCCUGAUGUAAUGAUGAUAACAUUGAACACUGAUAGUGAUGCUCGGUCAUUCUAACAAAAGAGCUCUGGAUUUAACAUAACUGUGUUCUCUUUGGUUACAUGGUCGGGAAGCUGUAAUUCCGAAAAAAGAAAAGAAACCUUCCCUUACUUAUCCAAGGUUUCACUUUUGGGGAUCUUUUGAGAUUUGAUGAAGAGACCCUUUCUGAUCAAUACAACCAAGGGCACAACAGCACCAAUGUGAACUGAAUGUUGCAGACUUGGUUCUUCCUGCAAAAAUGAUGUUUCCAUGGAGCCGAUGCAUGAGCCUGCCCUGGAUUGUGUGAUAAACAUGACCAUCAACUAUGUGCUACCAUCGGAAAAUUUGAACCGCUACAGCUGCCUUUUAUUCUGGCUAUCUGUUUGAGAGUUUGAUUUCACCUGAUUCAUUCUGUGUACAGUACAUACAAUGAUGUUUUUUAAUGUUGGCAUUGUAAGCUCUGAGCUUUUGUGUAGAUGAGUAAAACGUUUCUCGUAUUGGUGUACCCUGAGUGGGAUUUCUUUGAGAAAUCACACUUUUCUGUACACAGGUGACUUCUGGCUAAUGGUAUUUGGACACAUGUCCCACAUGAGAAUGUAUCUGAGAUAUUGCUGUCAAAUUGCCCUGACUUUGGCCUUUUUUUGACACAACUGAAUGGUGACAACAUUAUUCAAAGCUCUUAUUACUGCAAAUUUGCAAUUUGAUCAAAUCAAACUGCAACUCUGCAAAUGAAAACUGCACAGGAUUUCAGAUUUGACGCCUAAAAGCAGGGAUUUUUCCGUUAAAUUAGGAACCUGUUUCAUUGGAUGAGGACCAGCAAUUUCAAACGAAAACCGAAACCAAUUGAAAUAUUACACUUUUUUACAUUUCUCUCUUUGAACUAUACUAUGCUGGAAAAUACAUGCGCACAGCCAUGCUUGAGACAAUGCACAACAUUUCAAGGAGCAUGGAAAAUCUGUCACAUUCACAUUUUAUAAGAAGGAAUUCAGGGUUUUACAUAAACAAUUAACCUUACUUUGCACUUCCAGGUAAACGUUAAGCUCUUUAUAUUCACACUCAAAUAUCCAGCCCCAAAUAUAAAUGCUUUAAAGGGGGCCACACGCGGUUUCAUCGAUAAAGUUGGUGUUUAAACAUUUAGGCAUAAUCAAUAACACAGUUCAUGUAUUAAAAGCUCUUCUUUAGCGUUUCGAUUUCAGCACAUCUGCAUGCAGGGCCUGUUAUGUUCUUACUCCAUUUGUUCAUUGUUCUUUUAUUUCAAGUCUAAUUAAGGUUUAAAUCGUUAAGGAGGUUCCAGUAGAACAAUAGUGCUGUUUAUAAGAAAGACCUGACCUCGAUUCUACAUUGACUGUCUAUCCCCACCUGUCCUACCACCACAGUGUUGCCUGGCAAACGUGAGGCCUUCAACACCACGAUAUACCUGUGAGGUCCACCGGACCACAGUGGGCUAGCUCUAGUGUGAUCAUGCACACACGCACAUGCACGCACACAGACACACGCACAUACACACUCACUGCUGAUGGAAAUGUAGAUACAUUCACUCUCAUAUCUGUUUGUUUCUUGCCUGUCAUGUCUUUAAAGAUGUUGAUAAUAAUAAAAAUUGCUAUUUGUGUCCAGUGGAAUAACUACAUGUGAUUAUCAUCGACAUUGGUUUCUCAAGGGAUUUCAAGCAUGACUUGAUUGAUAUUUGUAAAUUGAGACCAAAACCAAACACACAAAUCCGUAUAACAGAGUAUGCGGAGUAUAUAACACUGAGAACAUAACGAUCUACCCAUCUACUCAGCUGAAAACACACAGACUGCCCAGCGAAACUCUUCUAUGUAUUGUAUGAAAUAUUUGAAUAAA